AUGAUGAUGCAUCAAGUGAAAGGUUUCGUACCUUUUGUCGCAUUCAUGCAAGGGAUAAUCAUAUUGUUACCUUCGGUUAGCGGAGGACCUGUGGAAUUUCAUAACGCACUCGUGGAUUCCGGUAACGAAUUCAAUUUAGGUCCCCACGAUUUAGAAAGGAUGUACACGUCGGAAUAUAAAAGGUUACCCGUUUACGAUUUCGGUUUGGGUAAAAGAGGAUCAGAAAUUGAUCAAACAAUAGGAGGAAGAGGAGUUGGCGGAGGUGGAGGAGGAGGAAGUUUAGGAGAAUACGAUGAAUAUUCGUAUGCCGAAGAUGAUGAUGAUAGUUUACCGGAAUUGGAACUUUAUCACGACGACAUAAUGCAAGCAAUGGACAAAAGGCAAAAAUUAUAUAAUUUCGGAUUGGGUAAAAGGCAAAGAUACGAUUUUGGUUUGGGUAAACGUGGAAGAGGAUACGAUUUCGGUUUGGGUAAAAGAUCGUUGGAAAUGUUUCAUCCGAGAGAUAGACUCUACAACAUGGGUUUGGGUAAAAGAAAUCGUCAAUAUUCAUUCGGUUUGGGUAAAAGGCCGUACAAUCCGAACGUGGCAGCAAGUCGAUUUAAUUUCGGUUUGGGUAAACGUUCCGAUAAUAUCGAUUCAUCGAAAAAUCCCAUAUCGAAAAGGGAAAUCCAUGAGAAAAACAUGAGCAUUCAAAAUAAUAACGAAGAACAUGUUUCCGAUGAGAAAAAUACAAAGGGAAAAAAUACAGAACAACAACAACAACAAACAAAUGACGUUCAAUCACGUUCGUUUAAGAGAAGUUAUUCGUAUGGAGCGAUCAAUAAUCCUAAUUAUCGAUCUUCGAUUGGAUUUUCGAGACAAUUUCGUAAACCUAUUUAUAAUUUUGGAUUAGGUAAACGUACGAAUUUAUCAGCGGAAACGAUAAACAAUUAA